UGUCGUUUGUCACCCCGCUCUCUCACCCUCAUCCUUAGAAACAUACAGUCCAUUGUCAACAAACUGAACACGCAGGAAAAUCCUCCUGUGUGUUUUAGGAAGAGUGAUGACUUCAGCACCACAUAUCAGUCCAUUUUGUGUGUAAAUCGACAUUCGGUUAAAGGUUGGAGCAUAUGAUGUACGAAACAUUAACGAUGCUGAAUUUGCAGAGUAGCUCGAAUUGGAACAUGCCCAAUGACUGGUACCAUCAGCAGAACACCACUGGCACCCAUCACAGUACAGUCUCCGAUGGCUGCAUGGUGGACACAGACACAGGCAUGGGGACAGGAGGAGGACGAGUGCAGAUGGAGAGGGACGACGGUGAAGAAUCGCAGCUGCGACUGCAGCUGAAGAGAAAACUGCAGAGGAACAGGACCAGCUUUACGCAGGAGCAGAUUGAGGCUUUGGAGAAAGAGUUUGAGAGGACACACUAUCCUGACGUCUUUGCGCGAGAACGUCUAGCGAAUAAAAUAGACCUCCCAGAAGCACGGAUCCAAGUGUGGUUUUCGAACCGAAGAGCCAAAUGGAGACGGGAAGAGAAGCUGCGAAACCAGAGGAAAUCAGGUGGCGGAACUUCAUGCGCCCAAACACAUACUCCGCUUAGCACUUCCUUUAGCUCUGCCCUCUAUCAGCAGCACAGCACCAGUGCAGGCUCCAUGAUCAAUCAAAGUGAGACAACUCUCAGCAGUUACAGUUCCCUCUCUGUCUAUUCUGGAGUACAGUCGGCCCCUUCAUAUCCUUGCAUGCUGCCCCCUUCCCCUUCUGCCCCACAAUCCUUUGAGCCUUCUUCUUACCCCUCCCCUCACCUCCCAGGCCCACCUCCUGGAAACACCAGCACAGGUUUGAUCUCUCCUGGCAUUUCAGUUCCGGUCCAGGUCCCAGGGAAUGAGCAGAACAUGGGACAGAACUUGGGCCAGUAUUGGGCUCGACUGCAGUGAGGAACAAGCGAGUCACAAGUGUGUGAAGAAGCGAUGGGACCAGAAACAAAAGCUUGAGCUGAAAGCUUACGCGUGAAACCUCGGCCGUGCUGAUAACUCAGUAUAGUAUAGAGUUCACAGGGAGACAAAUUAUGAAUUCGCAUUCAAGUUUGAUGCAGACGUGUUAUAAUAGUAAUAAUAUUAGUCAUAAACUAUAUUGCAUUGUCAACUCCAAGAACCGGUUGUAAUGUGCUAUGGGGUAUUUAGUCUUUCUUUCAAUUCGGCUGUUUGAUAUUUAUACUAUUAAUCAUUAAGAAAACAGAUUCUAAUUGAAGCAUUUCAUAGAUUCAGGAUUCAUUAGAACACCAUCUUUUAUUAAGCCUAAUUAGAAUGAUGGCUUAUAUACAUUUAUUAGUGAAUUAAAUUUUUAUCUACGGACUGAGAGACGUGUUACACAAAGAUCCCAAAAAGGAAAUCCAAUCUCGCUUACAAAAGUAGUUACUUCUUUACCGGAAUAAUUACUUAAUUAGGAAAUUUUUCAUGCUCCAAUUCAGUGGAAAAAAUACUGUGAAACUAAACUUUGAUAAAUUUCUAACUGGAUAUGUCAAUUUACGUUUUUUUAAACACUUUAUAAAAAAAUCUUUCACACAUUUUCCCAUGAAUAUUUUUUCCACAUAUAGUGCAUGUAGUGUGUGUUUUUUUUGUUAAUAUACAGUAGAUUAAAAUUCAUAUAAGGGGGAUUCCACCAUACCGAUACAGUGAGAGGAAGUCAACAAGCGCUGUAAAAACAACGCUGGAACGGAGCCAUUGUGUCAGAAGCUGACAUCCAUUGAAAUACUUGCACUAGAGCGAAGGACUAUCAGUGAUCAGUACAAAUCAAGCCGAUGACAAUCGCUGACAAUUACGCAUCCCGAAUUGUCACUCCAAAGUUUCUUAUUGCAGCUUUAUUUCCCCUCCUGAAUAUUACCAUUUUGUCUGUAAUUUGAUUACAGAAAAUACAAAGUGUUCAUGUUUUACGCCAUGUGUACCCAUGUGUAAAGGCUAGAAUUUCAGAUCUGUGUACUCCUUUUAGUAUUUCCUCAUUAAGUCUGUGAAUGUGUACAUACUGUAUGUGUGUGUGUGUGUGUGUGUGUGUGUGUGUGUGUGUGUGUGUGUUGGAGGGCAAGAAUGCGAUGCAAAUUGUUUGUUUGUCUAAGGAUCGAAAAAAAACGAUGUAUUUUUUCCUGCAGUAAACCUAUUUUGUGGAUGCACUGAACCCUUUAAUAAAAAUGUAUGUGGA